AUGGCGCAAGAUACCCAAGUAGCCGUUCAGUCUCUUCCAGCUCUUACAGAACACCAUAAACACAAAAUCUUGGUACCAAAGCAAAAUAUACAAUAUCCGAAAUGGUUUGGCGGAUCAGCAUCAUGUCUGGCUGUCAUAUGCUCACAUCCCCUCGACUUAGUCAAGGUCAGGCUACAGGCUACACCGUUGUCUGAAAGAAAGAAUGUUCUGGAAACGAUAGUCCAUAUCCUUCGCAAUGAGGGUGUCUCUGGUCUAUACCGCGGUCUAUCAGCAGGCUUGCUUCGUCAAUUGACUUAUGGAUCCACAAGAUUCGCCAUCUACGAGUCCAUCAAGGAGCAGUCUUCGAAACAAGGCGGCGGUCCAGCCCCCAUGACCAUCCUCCUCCCAGGCGCCUUUCUAUCCGGCGCAUGUGGUGCCCUCGUAGGAAAUCCGGCCGAUCUUGCCAACGUGCGCAUGCAAAACGACCGCUCCCUUGCGCCGUCUCUUCGACAAAACUACCGCUCGGUAUUUGACGUCCUUGUUCGCGUCGCAAAGACAGAUGGCAUCCAAGGCUACCUCCGCGGUGUCUUUCCCAACGCUAUUCGGGCCGGUGCCAUGACAAGUUGCCAGCUUGCCUCCUAUGAUGGCAUCAAGCAGUCCCUAGUGGACAACUUUAGCCUCAAGGAUGGUACACCGACACAACUGCUUGCAUCAGUUCUCGCGGGUCUCAUCGCUACAACAAUAUGCAGUCCCAUCGACGUGAUCAAGACACGCACCAUGAGUCAGGGCGGUUCAAGCUCCAUAGUCGGAAUGAUGACAGAAUUAACGAGAUCUGAGGGGUUGAGAUGGGCUUUCAGGGGGUGGUUACCCAGUUUUGCGCGGCUAGGACCGCAUACAGCUGCGACACUGUUGAUUCUAGAGCAGCAUCGGCAUUUGUAUCGAGAGUAUAUAUCCCGAGGAGUAAAGCAGGAUGAACUAUUGUAG